AUGAGAGUGUUGACAGCCUCCAUGCUUGUGGCAGCCUCUGUCUGCGUCAGCGCCAGCAGUCUGCAUCACAGACAUCUCCAUCGCCAUGCUCUGGGCCAGCGCGAUAAUGGAUGUCCAGCUGGCGCCGUGCAGACCACGUAUCUCUCGACAAUCACGCUCUCGCCAACGACAUGGCCUGCCUCUGUUGCAGCAUCUACGGCAAUCUCGUCGACGACAACGGUGACGAUCACGGCAACGUCGACUACGACUAAGCAUGUUACGCCUACGCCUACGCCUGUGUCUACUGGUGCUUCGGUCCCUCCUGCAGCUCCUCCUGCUGCUGCGGUUGAGUCACCCUCAAUUCCUCCAGUAGCACCUCCUCCAGCUGUUACUUCAGUCAUUUCAGCUACCUCCUCCUCCUCCUCCUCCUCCUCUCCUCCUCCUCCUCCUCCUCCUCCUCCUCCUCCUCCUCCUCCUCCUGCGGUUGAGUCGCCUUCAAUUCCUCCAGUAGCACCUCCUCCAGCUGUUACUUCAGCUACUUCAGCUACUUCGGUCGCACCAGUUAUUCCGCCGCCCUCUACGAUACAGUCUUCUGCCGCCACAGCCGCCAUCAUCAACAACUCAGAUAUACCCGCCGAUGAAUCCGACGUGCGCGCAACUUACUACACCGAGGACGGGAUCGGGCAGGGCCACUGCUCGUUCACGGGCUACACGCUUCCCGCAGGCAUCUUUGGCACGGCUCUUUCGGUGCAAAGCUGGGAUGGCGCUUCGCAGUGCGGAUCGUGUGUCGAGGUGACGAAUCCGAGUACGGGGGCUAAAGUGAAAGCGAUGAUUGUCGACUCGUGUCCCGGGUGUCCCAGUGGAGGACUAGAUCUGUUCGAGAGCACAUUCAGUCAGAUUGCAUCAACAGCAGCUGGCCACUUGUCGGUUGACUGGCAGCUGGUCGACUGCGGCCUCAGCACGCCGGUGCAAGUCUCGUUCAAGGAUGGAUCGGACGCCGACUGGUUUUCGCUACAGGUGCGCAACCACAACAAACCCAUUGGCAAAUGCGAAGUGAGCGCGACGGGGGCCGGGAACUGGCAGGCUCUCAGUCGCACUGAGGAUAAUUACUUCCCCAAGGCUGGUGGUGUUGGUAGUAACACGGUGGAUAUUCGUGUGACGGACGUGACGGGCUCGAGCAUCGCUUUUGAGAAAGUGUCGGUGGGGUCGGGUGUGACCUUUGCCUCGUCUAAUUUCUGA